UGCUUCCCCCGGUCUCGGGGCUUUCCUUCCAAGUUCCAGCCCCACCCCUUCGCCCCGCCCUCCUCCCGGCAAGCUUUGCACGGCGCAUCUCCGCCGGUGCGGUUGCUAGGACGUCUCCCGCAGCUGUGCAGGGCCAGGGUGGUUGCUAAGGGCCGCGCGGAGGUGUCAAUUUCGAGGGAGGUUCACAGAAGGUGGCGCCUCCCGUUCGUUGCACGGAGGGGAGUCUUCCUCUCGCUUUCCCCUCUCUCCUCGUCUGAGUUGAGGGCGCCGCUUCGAAAGCUUCUGCCCGAGUGCGUCCGCCCAAACCCCCUUUCUCUGCCGCCCGCGUUAAAGGCCCCUUCCAUGACAAAGAGCCCAGCACCCUCCUUUGCCCCAAGAUGUCUCACUUUUCUAGUGAAGAUGAAGCUCUCUUACAGUCUAUGCUCAGACAGUUGCUGCAAAGUGUCAAAGAGAAAAUCACAGGAGCUCCAUCGGUAGAAUGUGCAGAAGAGAUUUUGCUGCAUUUGGAGGAAACAGAUGAAAAUUUUCACAACUAUGAAUUUGUGAAAUACCUUAGACAAUACAUAAGUAGCACCCUGGGUUCUGUGAUAGAAGAAGAAACUGAGAAAUGCACUUCUGCACAAAAUCAGGGUGAAGGAUCUGGCUAUGAUACACUCGUACAACAUGUUACUAAAAAGACUCGAGAAUCAAAAGAGUACAAAGAAAUGAUGCAUUCCUUGAAGAAUGUCAUGAUGAUUGUGGUCGAAUCUCUGAUUAAUAAGUUUGAAGAAGAUCAGAUGCAUUAUAAAGAACUUCAAAGGAAAGUGAAAACGGAGCAGCACAGCAGUUACUAUACAGAUAACUGUUCUGAUAGUGAUUCUUCAUUUAAUCAGAGUUAUACAUUCAUGAAUCAAGAACAAUUACAGCAACUUGUAGAACGGCUUGAUCCAGCACAGCCUAAGGAGGUACGCCAGGAAGCAAUGCAGACAUUAUGUUCUGCACCACCAUCGGAUAUACUAAAUUGUGAGAGUUGGACUAAUCUACAUAAGCAUCUUGCAGCAGCACUCUCAGAUCCUGACUCCAGUUUCAGUGACAAAGUUCUGAAAUUCUAUGCCAAGACAUUUUCUUCGUCUCCACUAAAUAUGACAAGGGAGCUUUUUACGAGUUUAGCAAAGUACUUAGAGCUGUACUUCCUUUCUGAAGACAAUUAUGUUCCUACCUUAUCAAUGGGUGUUGACAUAAGUAACCCAGAUGUAAUUCGUUUGCUUAAAAAGAUACGUUUGCUAAAUGAGUACCAGAGGGAAGUCCCAUCUUUUUGGAUUCGUCAUCCAGAAAAGUAUAUGGAGGAAAUAAUGGAGAGUACUCUCUCACUGCUGUCAGUAAAACGUGAAUCAAGCCACACUGUCCCUCCUAAAUGUUUGGAUCCAGUGUACUUCUUGGCUCUGGUUGAUUUCAAAGCUGUGUGGUUUAAGAAAUGGAUGCAUGCCUAUUACAGCAGAACAGUGGUCUUAAGCCUUCUUGAAAAGAAAUACAAGCCUUUGAUUAUUGCAUCUGUUGAGCAAUGUGUCUCCUACUUGGAAGCUUGUGAAUCAGCAGCUGUUGGAACUUGUUGGUCGAAUUCUUUGUCCAAAUCUCAUAAUAGCAAUAAACAGAAGCAUUUCUACACAGGAAGAGAGUUGCAGUAUAUAUAUUUUGUUCAUUCCCUGAGCCUAUUAGGCAGAUUGCUAAUAUACAAACAAGGCAGAAGACUAUUUCCUAUUCAGCUGAAAAACAAAAAAGACUUGAUGUCUCUAACGGACCUUGUUCUAAUGUUUACCCGCCUUAUUUAUUGCUCCCCUAAUUGCCCAAAGACUCUUAAUGUGCACACAGGCAAUUAUUCUCCAGCUGGCCUGAUUACUGAUGUGCUAAGAAUUCUUUGUGAUAGAAAAGAAUGUGCAAUGGAAUGUCUAUAUAGCAAUACAGUGAUAGAGGCACUUCUUCAACCAAUACAUUAUUUACUGAGUGGAGCAGAGGUACGUCUGAACUGCCCUGAAAGAACUCUAAUAUAUAUAGCUGAUAUUUUGGCAAGGAUUGCUGCUGUGGAUGAUGGUCUUUCACUGCUUCUUUAUGGAGGAGAAAGGUCUUCUGCCAUAGAAGGUAGUAGCCUUAGGGGUGCACAUAUAAUCGUUCAGUUUACAAAGAAGCUUCUUGGUGAAGACAUUACUGUUUUAUCUGGGUCUGAGAUGCUGCCAGUCCUCAAAGGUGCUUUCAUCUUUGUGUGCCACCAAAUGUAUAGUACCUGUGAAGGCUUAGAGGUGCUGCUACCUUAUCAUUUGCAUCUAUCUAUAGCUGAAGCUUGGAAAAAGACUAGUUUGCUUUCGGAGAGAAUUCCUACUCCUAUAGCUGGAGCAGAUUGCAUUUCAUCAGUAAGUCAAGAAUCACAGAGCUUUAUUGUGUUGGAAGAAACAUUGUUGGAUGACUUGCUAAAUUUUGCUGCUACACCGAAAGGACUCUUGCUGCUGCAGAAUACAGGAAUGGUCAAUGAGUGUGUGACCUUCAUGUUCAACAGAUUCACAAAAAACCUCCAGGUCAGUGGCUGCGAAAAGUUUGGCUAUGGAGUAAUUGUUUCACAGGUGGCAGCAACUGCUUCAGGUGCUGUAGCUCUGCAACAUUCAGGAUUUAUAAAAGCACUUAUUACUGAACUGUGGGGUGUUCUAGAGUGUGGAAGAGAUGAUAUCAGAGUAACUCAUCCUAGAUCGACACCAGUGGAUCCCAUUGACCGAAGCUGUCAAAAGUCUUUUCUGGCUCUGAUAAACUUGUUAUCCUACCCUGCGGUUUAUGAAUUGAUAGGUGAUCAAGAGAUACCUAAUAAACCAGAAUAUUCUCUUCGUGAGGUCCCUACAGAUACUAUAGAUAUCAUUGACAGACUUGUAAUUGUAAAUACAGAUGCUAAAAUUCAUUCGCUGUUCAAUUAUGAACAAUCACAUAUCUUUGGACUCAGGUUAUUAAAUGUACUGUGCUGUGAUCUAGAUACACUCCUACUUUUAGAAUCUCAGUACAAGAUAUCAAAAGUACUUUUGGAUGCUCAAAAAGAGAAUACCCUUGAUACUUCUGGAAGUUCUCGAGAAUUUAUAAUUGAUGGCCUAUCAGUAGAGAGAAACCAUAUUCUUGUUAGGAUAAAUCUUGUUGGAGGACCAACAGAACGGAUCUUGCCUCCAAGAAUUCUUCAUAAGGGUGAUGAUCCAUAUCCUUGGCCUAUGUUUUCAUCUCACCCUUUACCAACAUGUUACCUUGCUGAAUUUCCUAGGAAAACUGAUGCAAGGCAAGAUAGUGAUGUUAGCAAGCUUUUAUCUGCUUUAAAGAAUCCAGAUAAACAAUUGGGAUGGAUUGAAAAUAUUCAAAGACAGUUUUGUGAAAUCAUGGAAAACAAGCCUAAUGUUAUGAGUGGAACAAAUUUGGCAGAAUUAAUUGAGAAGUUUGUAUUGCAUCUCUCUGAAACACCAUCAGAAUGUUACUUCAGUGGCAGAGAACAUGAAGCGGAUGCAAACGUAACAAUUAAAAAUCUUUCACCUGUACAGCAGCUUGGCAUUAAAAUGACAAUUGGCUAUGGCAAACAUUUGAACCUGCUGAAAGAGAAUGCUGAAAAUGAUCUAUUUCAAGUAUUAAUGUAUUGUGAGAAACUUUUGAAACCACAGCAAGCAUCUGUAAAGACAUCCCUACGUGGUCUGCAGGGAGGAUAUGCAAGCUAUGACUGGUUUGCAUCUUCAGUAUUUCUCAUAAUGAUGGGAAACAGGGAGAAAAUGUUAACAUUUCUUCACCAGUUCUCCCAUCUUCUUGUCUCAGCAUUCCUUUGGAUACCACGACUGCAUAGUUCUAUCCACCUUCCUGUUGACACAGCGGUGUCUGGCAUCCAUCCAGUCUACUUUUGCAGUGCGCACUAUGUUGAGAUGUUGCUGAAGGCUGAGUUGCCACUUGUCUCUUCUGCUUUCCAUAUGUCUGGUUUCACUCCAUCACAGAUCUGUCAACAGUGGCUAACUCAGUGUUUCUGGAAUUAUAUGGACUGGAGUGAGAUCUGCCAUUACAUUGCUAUUUGUAUUUUCCUUGGUCCAGAUUAUCAGAUAUAUCUGUGUAUAUCUGUGUUCAAACAUCUACAGCAAGAAAUUCUUCAGCAUACACAGACCCAGGAUCUCCAAGUUUUUCUUAAAGAAGAAGCACUUCAUGGAUUUCAAGUGAGUGAUUAUUUCAGAUACAUGGAAAGCUUGGCUCUAACCUACAGACCGGUGCUGCUAAGAGACAUGAGGAACAUUAGAGUGCAGAACACAUAGAUCAAGCAAAUGAGCAUCUCAUUUCAAAUUUUAGUUACAUUCUUAAGGGGCACUGAUUGUUUGCUUUAUAUCCUUCUUCAUAAAAAUGCAUUUGUUCUAAAUGUACAUACUGCGAAAUCAAUAAUAAAGCUUUUCAGCAUACAACUUUCACAAGACGACAUCCUCUAAAUUGGAUCAUCUGAAAAAUAAUGUGUUUUUCUAGCCAUGCGCCAUAGCCUUGUUUACACUUGGCUUCAGAACCUGCCCUUGAAUUACUUAAAGGUCCUGCUUAUAUUUUCCAGGAGCUAUUUCCAUAUUAUUAAACUUUGCUUACCUUCAACUCUUACCUAAAAAUUCUAAAUUGCAUACAGGUUUGGCAGUUAAAAAAACCCAGUAAUUUGAAUAAUCACUUUGAAAACAGACCCUUUGUUAAUAGCAAUGAGUAAAGGCAUAGCCAGUUCCGUGCAUGCAAGAGGACUGACCUUGAGAGGUUAGGCAGGGAAAUGCUGUAGAUAAUCAGUUCCUUCUUCUGUUUUGAAAUAGCAGUACCAAAUCUUUCAUUGUAUCUGUUAUAGUCAUCUUAAAAAAUUCUGUAUCAAAACCUUUACCUCAAAUCCUGCAUAUUAAAGAAAUAAAUUAAAACUGCAAUAGAUUUAAAUAUGUGGUUUCAUUGUGGGUUUGUGGUUUCUCCAGAUUACCAUGUUAUUCCAAAAUUGAAUGCAGUAAGGUGAAUCUAGAGGUACAUAUACUGUGCUAGUGCUAAUAUUUUGAUUUUAUUUAUUUAUCAUAUUUCUGUACCGCCUGAUCUAGGCAUCUCAUUUUGAAGUGAAGUCAAAGAAUCUGAAAAACCAUACAGCUAUAACUUACUGAUCUGUAUGUAACUUUUAUAGUGAACCUAAUUGUGACACGUUUGGACUUUAUUACAUGUUGUAUAUGUUUCUGUAUGUGCACCAAAUUAGAUGCUGUAUAAAAGUACACUAAUAUUUUGUUAACUGAACAUAUGUGGGAAUAAAAACUAUUUUGGAAUUAAA